AUGAGGGUGCUUGCUGGUCUCUUGAUCCAGUCAGGUGACGCGGUGCUUCUUGCUCUCAAAGUCGAGGUGCACGGUCGUCUUCCGAGUCAGGAUGCACAUGGCCAAGAUGUUGCCCUGUCAGGGCGUAAUUCAUUCAGCGUGGUCAACUGGGGGCACGACAACACGGACAAGGUUAUGAUUGGGACGCUCGGUUGGGACGCCUUGGUGACGCUGGCUGUUGUCUUGAGAAGCGGCAAGGUUGCUGUGGGUCCCCACAACGCAGAUUUCUAUCCUCACCGAAGCUCGCACGUCUGGGUUCAAAAGAAUGGAAGUGAAGACUUUUUCAAAAACCUGGAGCGGCAGACACGAUCCAAGUUUCACGUGCAGUCAACAUUCAAGAUCUAUGCUGCUGCCUGCGUAGGGUUCAAUGUAAUAGGAACCGUAUAUUUAUAUUAA